GGCACAGAUGGGGGUGGGGUGGCCUAAAGACAUCAGAUGUUGUGUGUAGCCCUGGGCACUCCGGAGCCGCAGACUGCCUGGGUACCUAAAGUCUGAACAGUCCCGAGAGCCUGAGCCGGGCACCUUGUGUCAUACACGGAGCCAAUGCUGGAGAAUGCUGGAAGUGUAUAUUCCGUCAGUGGGACACCAGGUGUACAAGUCGGACAAGACCCACACGGUCUUCAAAUUAGAUGUUUUAUACAAUGGCCGUCGUCAUACACUUGACCGACGAUAUAGUGAAUUCCAUACACUCCAUAAACUGCUCAAGAAGAAAUGCAAGGUUCCAGAUUUUCCACCCAAACGGGUUCCAAACUGGAUGUCCAAGGUCCAAGAGCAAAGGCGGCAAGGGCUAGAAGCAUAUAUCCAAGGGGUUUUGUGGUUCAACAAAGAAGUUCCCAAGGAGUUGUUAGAUUUUCUAAAAGUGAAACAUUUUCCACAAAGCAAAAAGAACUGCAGCUUGGACAGAUUCUUGGCAGACACCUCUUCAGGAGAAAACAGUUCACAAUUGGCACAUAAGGCGGUAAUAGGAUUUUACAAGGACCUGUAUAUUUUUCCUCCAGAUACAGAUAUGCUUGAGGACAUAGUAUUACAAGGAGUAAUUCAAGGACUAUACCAGCAGACCCGCAAGACUCCUCCAGUUGCCAAGCAAAAGUUGCCAUCAAGCAAUUCUGUUCCAUGACACUGUCGGAAAACAGAUACAACAGUCAUUCCAUUUGGACCUGUAAAGUCUCCUGUAUUUUUCCUGUCUGAAACAUAACGGAAUAGAACUCCAAUGAGCAACAUGGACCAAGUAUUUUAGGGAUACACAGCAAGCACUCCAUGUUCAGACAAGAGCCUGCAACCUGGACCUGGCCUCCUGGAAUCACUGCCUGUAAGAUCCGAGAGGCUUGGCAGUAUUACCAAUUAUGACGUUGGUAUUGAAAAUGGGUUCACCGCUACUAUUUUCUACCUUGGCGGAGAUCAGUGGAAAGUCUGCACAUUGGGGUAGAUUUACUAUUGCAAAUGAAUCACAUUUAUAAGAGUGCGGCCACUGGGUCAGGUUUUCUGAUGCAGAUCUAAAAAGCCAAAAUUAAGAGUGGAUCAUAAAAGAAGAGAAAGUGUAAGG